AUGUCGAAUCCAGGAUACACAGCAACGCUGCUGAUGUCCCCCGGCACAGCCCUCUUAACAAAUGCAGAAAUGGCCCAACAACAACAAUGGAUCCAAAUCCAUCUUACCAGAAGAAUGGUCUCGUGGCAUUACCUCCAUAAUUGUUUCCGUGGUGGGGUGGUGUUUUGUAAUACAGCUCUGAUCUCGGAGGAUGAUAUGAGGAGUGCCUGGACUGAGGAGAAGAUGUACCGGAGGACGCUACAGUUCUUUUUCACGGGGACUUCACUGGCGACGAUCCUUGAGAUCCCCGACACGGCCGAUUUCCUAAAGACGCUCAUUAAUCUCUUGCAAGAAUACGAUGCCUUUGGCACCGCCGAAGCUCGCUCCAAAUCCAUCUUUUCAAAGGGCAGGAAAACGACGACGGACGGGAUGAUCAUUGAUGAACAGGGCGAAUACUCAUACCUCGAAGUCCGGCAUAUCCCAUUCGCAUUGGACUACACGAUCACGGCAUCGACCUUGUGCGAGAUGAUGUGUACAGUCUACGAAAAGCUUCGGACUUCAUUCAUUGCUGAACGGCCUUGGACGCUUUCCAUUAUUGAAUACUUUCAACGCGCCGAUAACCGCAUCAAGAAAAUCUUGCAGAUGGUGUACAAAGAGUUCGAGGCAAUAGCACGGGAGUCGAUGUUCAAGGAGCUCAACUACCUCAUCGACCCCAUGGCUGCUAUCACGUCCUUAUCCCCGCGAUACGAUCACGAUUGGGAGAUUUAA